AUGAAUACUGCUCGUCUGUUAUCGUGCACUUUACGUUUUCGCUUUAACACACAAGUUCAGGUGCGACAAGUGUCGACACUCGUUAGAUCGUUAAAUCUGCGAUUUCCCCGUAAACUUCUACAGAAUAAUGCGAAGACCGAAUUGAGCGGUUGGCAGCUUGUACGGCGGCUUUUGCGGUAUGUUUGGCCAAAGGGUAACAGGGCAAUAAAGUCAAGGGUUCUUGUUGCACUGUGUCUACUAGUCGGUGCUAAGGUUAGUUAUCGUCCGGUGCCUCAUUAG